AAGAGAUGUAUUGUGAUGUUUAGAGACCGUAUCCCUAAUCGGACACCGUUCUUUACUCAAACCCAAAUCGGGCACUUCUGCAAUGUCGCACUUUCCGAUGUUUUCACGGUAAUUUCGAAUAAGAUCCCCACCACCAGUGUAGGUAUAAUUGAUUUAUACAUAUUUAACAACCUGCGUGUGAAAUGUCCUAUAUGUACAUGGAGAUUUACAAGUCUAAUUACAGUAUGAAAGUAAUUCUGAUGAGAGAAAGCAGUAAGAACGCCUGGGCGACACUCAGGCGACGAUCUUAAAAGUACAUCUUCAUUUUUACUGUACUGUAUUUUAUUGUGAAGGACAGAAGUACGGUCCGGGUGUGUUGAUAACGGUGUUAUUUAGUUGGUUUACCCAGAAACAUCCAAUUUUCCCCGAAAAACUCAGCAACCUCCAUUGUUUUAUUGUUUUACAGCGAGGAGAUGAAAGUGUCCGAUUUUGGAAACAGUCAGCACAGCGUCCUUAUACAGAAUAUACGGCUUGGAAAAUAAGACAUUAGACUUUAAUUUCACAUCAAUUAAUUAAUUGGAAGCAUAACAUGAUAAUUUAUAUGAGUAGUUAAUGUGAAAUUUUGAUAUAAGUCCCAUUUGGGAUACAGUUACACUAAUAGCAUCAUAUUUCAACAAACAGCAUGCUCGGCUAUGUAUUAGUCGCGUUUUUAGCUCUGGCAGUUUUGUUUAUCCCUCGGGAGUGGUCCAUUACAUUUGGGAUAGUAUCCGACCAGGGGCCCCCUGUGCGGCUCCUGAGCAGCCGUGAGUUAUCACUGUACGACGGGGAAGAAAGCAGCAAGGGCCUCUACCUGGCCUUACUGGGGCAAGUGUUUGAUGUGCACAAGGGACACAAGCACUAUGGACCUGGUGGUGCUUAUCACUUUAUGGCAGGCAAAGAUGCCUCACUGGCGUUCAUCACUGGAGACUUCACAGAAAGUGGCCUGACUGAUGAUGUGUCCAGUCUCUCCCCACUGCAAGUGGUGGCCCUUUAUGACUGGCUGGCCUUCUAUCAGAGGGACUACCAAGCUGUAGGUGUGUUAACAGGUCGGUUCUAUACAGAGACUGGGCAGCCUACAGAGGCCCUGUUGCAGGUAGAAGCAUCACGAGCAGAGGGCCAGAGAAUAAAGGCCCAGUCUGAGGCCGAGAUGCUACGCUUCCCAGCAUGCAACUCAGAGUGGAGCGCUGCCAGGGGAGGGAGAGUCUGGUGCUCCACUAAGAGUGGUGGAGUGCAAAGAGGCUGGACAGGCGUCCCACGGAAGCUCUUCUCUCCAGGCUCCAGUGGCGUUCGUUGUGUCUGUGUUGAAGACCCUUCUGCAGCAGAUGAUGACCCCAACAUGCACAAAUACGACGGCUGCCCUUCACAUGCUGACUCAUGCUCUGUGGAAGAUUUCUAGCCUCUGGACAAUGGAACUUCUGCAUGGCCUGCUUUUUAGCAGCACAACACUCAGGGACGUUUAACUUUUUCACAAUAAAGACCAAGAAUGAAGAAAAGUCAAUGCAGUGGUUUUUGAUGACCUUUAUGUAAAGUUGUCCCCCCUUUCUCUAAAAGGAUACACCAGGAAGAGACAGGCUAGAUAUCUGAGCAUA